AUGUUAGUAGUAGUUUUGAUAGUUGUGAGGGAAAAUGGCGAUAAUUUUUGUGGGAGUUUAGAGAGAGAAGAAGAGAGAGAAAGAUCUCUUUUUUACAAGGAGGAGGGUAUUAGGAGGGUGGAGAAAUGUAGUGGGUAUAUUACAUAUGGAGAACUGUCAAGGUAUUUCUACAUGCCCAUUACACAAGCCGCAAAGGUACUGAAGGUGGGCCUCACUGUUCUUAAGAAAAAGUGCAGGGAAUUUGGUAUUCCUAGAUGGCCACAUAGGAAGAUGAAAAGCCUUCAAAGUCUUGUUCAAAAUGUUCAGGAACUGGGUAAAGAAGAUGGUGAAAUGGGUGAAGAGAAGAUCCGAAACGCCAUUAAAAUACUUGAAGAGCAGAGGAAUUUGAUGGAGAAAAUGCCAGGAAUGCAAUUGGCUGAGAAGACAAAGAAGCUUAGGCAGGCUUGCUUCAAGGCUAACUACAAGAGGAGAAGGCACUUGAAUUCCUCUGCUCUCUCUUCCUCUUCAUCCAACCCCAUAUUCUCCAUCAAAUUAGCCCGGAACAUAAACUUGUAG